AUGCAGGUCUGCAGGGGGCGGAUGCUGGGUAUAUCUGUGGCCAUUGCACACGGGGUGUUCUCGGGUUCUCUGAACAUUCUACUGAAGUUCAUGAUCUCCAGGUUCCAUUUCUCCUUCCUGACCCUAGUGCAAUGUACCACCAGCUCCACCGCCGCCCUCACACUGGAGAUCCUCCGGCGCUGGGGCAAGAUCUCUGUGCCCCCCUUCGGACUGGGCUUAGCUCGCAUGUUCAUCGGGGUCACCAUCCUGUCAACCCUGCAGUCCACCCUGACACUGUGGUCCCUGCGGGGGCUCAGUCUGCCCAUGUACGUGGUGUUCAAGCGCUGCCUGCCCCUGGUCACCCUGAUGAUAGGAGUGCUGGUCCUGAGGAAUGGGAUGCCAUCUGCAGGGGUCAUCAUCGCCGUAUUUAUCACCACCUGCGGAGCUGCGCUAGCAGGUAAGCAACCUGUAAUCCCGAUCUAGCCCCAGCAUGUCUUAUAGGCAAUCACACUACACCAUACAUAUAGGGACCUGGAGUUACUGAUAUUAAGUAAAAAAUAUAUUGUAUCCAGGGUGACCCAUAGCACACUUACUGUCACUUUAACACCUGCCAGGUCGAUUUAAUGUCUGUAGUGAUGGGGAUCUGUACCAGGAUGGGGAAGUAGCUGUUAAAGGAGCCAUUCUGGCAAACUUACAGCAAUGACAGGUCAUUACAUAAUGCAGGGCUGGGCUGGGGUCUCUUAAAUAAAUGUCAUGGCUCUGUCUCAGGAAAAUUGACUGCAAACACCUUAAGACAAAACUUUAUGAACAUAUAUAGAACUUGCAAGAUGUACUAAAGUCUGCAGUCUCCUCUGUAAGGGAUGGGAACAUGUAAUAAAAUCUAAUUUAUAGGCAUGUUUUUUUCUUUUAUAAUUUAUAGGCACUUUCAGUACACUGUCAUGAUAUAGGUAGGAGUGAUAUUCAGUAAAUUAGUUAUGUGUUCCUUACAGUAAAAAGUCUUGUGCAAUCAUUAGUGCUCUGCUUUUCACAGUUACGUUUAAAAAAAAAAAAAGAAGGAAAAAGAUUUUAUACAACACUCUGGUCUGUUUAAACUGCACUUUGCCGAAAACGACAUGUUUAUUGAGGACAUUCUAAUCAGAGGAAGCUAAAUGAAGGGGGUCCCUGUUCAGACCGUGGAAAGCCCAUCUUUGAAUGUAGUCUGCUCCAGUGCUGCAAGGAGGGGUUUAGCCCAAGCACAACUUCUCAAUGCAAGGCAUUAAUCACAUCGCUGGUGUGAAAGCUGUUCUGAAUGUUACAUUAUUACUAUCAUUAAAAAAGUAUAUUUCAGUAUAUGGAUACAGUACAUUGCAAAAGAGUACGUUUUAAAAUAUAUGAAAUAUAUAACUAUUUUGCUUUACUUAUUUGCACAGAGUUUUAAUACCAAAAUAUUUUAGUGUCAUUCUACAUGGCAAAAACCCUACUAAAGUAGAAAUCGUCGUUUUUAUACGAUUAAAUUGCAGACCCUCUAGGUGUGUAGAUUGAUACACAUCUUUAGGACCUAAUUGUAAGGGUCUAUUUACUAAACAAUGAAUUGUGGUGAAUUCUCCCUCCCCCCUAUCUUUCAGCAAACCACCUUUUAAUUCACCACAAGGUGACUGCUUUGGGAACAGAACCAUGAAAGGCCACUGGUGACUUCAAGUGUUUGCUGUGAUUCAGCAGCUGUGCUGUCCACAUCCAAGUGGCUGAUUUACAGUCAUUUUUGCACUUGCUGUAUGCACACGGUGUGCUUUGAGGCUUGGGUUUAGGACUGCUGAAGGAUCCACAAGGGUUAAUACCUUGGAGCAAGUAAUAAACAGGUUUCAAAUUAGAUAAUUGUCUGGUAGAAAUCUUAGAAUCAUCUAGAUAUUAGAAAAUGUUAAAGAAAAAAAUCACCACUCUGUUAUUUUACUUAGUUUGUUAUACAUCAGAAUCUGUUGGACAUUUGUAUUUAUUUGCACUCUCUAUGUUCAUCAAAUCUAACCAUUUGUCCAUUCUUAAACUUAGUUUAACAUUAAAUCGGUUUGUACCUAACCAGGUUUAUGUUAUUUUCUCUGUGCCACUGUACAACAAUAUUACAGUUCAAAUUUGUGUGGAAACCGUGCAAAUAUUUACCAAAAUAUAUUAAUGAUGUUUAAUACCAUCUAAUUUCCUUCUCUAUGCUUGCCAACAUCAACACUGACAGACAAAAGAAAAGAAACAGCCUUGCCUGUGUUAAAAACAAAUCCAACAUUAUCUAAAAAGCACCUUAACCCAUUAAGGACACAUGACAUGGGUGACAUGUCAUGAUUCCCUUUUAUUCCAGAAGUUUGGUCCUUAAGGGGUUAAAAAACAACUCUUCCUGAUUGGAUGCCUCAAAAAUAAAAUAAUAUCCAAAAUGAGAAUGCACUUCAACUAUAGAAAUUAUUUAAAUUUUGAACAGGAAAUUAUAUAUUUAAUUUGAAGUUCUAUCUAAUUCUAAGAGAUUAUUGAAAUGUUUACUUUCUCAUUAGUUCAGCUGACAUGUCCGCGUGAUAUCCAGCAUCCACUCAAACACCUUCUUCCCAUAAUGCCUUGGGUGCAAAUCUGCUAGGCUUCCUUAUAUUAGUUCACUGUCCGGUAUGCACUGCAUCAUGGGAUGCUUUUAUUGUACCCUGUCUCUCAGGCUAUAGCUUGACAGUCUGUCUGUCUCUCUGUCUGUCUAUCUAUCAUCUUUUUUUUUUAAGUAGCAAGAAUGUGAUGAAAAGAAGGGGGAAACGUGUAGCUAGCUAGUGGGUUGUGCAAAGAUAUCAUAGGUGUCAGUUCCUAUUUAAACUAUUACUCAUUAAUGACUUAUACACAGAAUUUAGGCUGUAUUUGUCAAGUCCUUGUGAGUCCGAAUAUCUAUAUUCCAUUAUUUGCAUACUAAACGGCAAUCUUUGCUUGCCAAAUAAGCUACAGGGGGCUUUAUAAAAACCUUUACAGUGCCCUUAGACCAGCUGUUAGAAUGAGAACUUGGAAAACAUAUUUGGCAUUUGGACAAAUGCUUCACCCAACAUCAUCCAAUGUGAGUUUUUUUAGGUAUGAAGAUUGACAUUGUCAGUGAUAUCAUGGUGUUACUGAGAAUAGUCAGGGAUUUUACACCCUGAGAAAGUGUUAACUAUAGCAUUAGAACUUAUUAUGUUUUACAGGUUGAGAUAGUGGGGUGAUGGCUGAUGGUGAGACUUAAGACGCAAUAUUGAUUAUCCAAAUGGCAAUAAGAAAAUGAGUUAUUGUUUAGCAAUAUGGCAACUAAAAUAGCAAAAAAAGGUGGAAAACACCCAGAAUACGUAUGAGUUAAUAUAUGGAUUGUAAAACAACCUGAUAUAGGAUGUGGUCCAUUUAUGAAUUCUGUGUAAGAAUCAAAAUGCUGACAUAGCGUGAUACAGUAAAAAAGGAAUAAAUGUAUAAAUAUAAGUGAUUGUAGAUACACUCACAAACGCACGUGAAAUAAGGCUUUUCACCCUCUCAGGGGUAAUAUGUAGUACGAUGAAUGGACUGGAAAAUUACCUCAUAGGAUAUAUGCAAAUAAAGGAAAUCGAAGAUAGUGAAGUUUGUUAUAAAAAUACAAAAUCACAUUUAUUGGUCACACUUACAUGUGUGUAUAUCACAAAGAGCGUAUCUCCCAAUAACCUGGAACUCCAUACAGUGUGGUCAUCAGUCCAAAAUAGGAUCUAAUAGGAGUGGUUAUAAGUAAACAGCCAGAAUGCAAAUAAAUAAAAAGUUAAAAAGCAAAGUAAAAUAACAAUACAGAAUAUAAGUCCAUAUAGAAAGAAUCCAACGCGUUUCGUCCUGUAGGGGUGUAGGACUUCUUCAGGGAUGUUUCUAUACUCCUUUUCUCCGGUUUAAAUACUGCUGCAAAUCUUCAUUUGAUUUCGUCCAUCUGUUUUGCGGCGUGCGUUCCAUCCGUGGAACGCACAGAGGCGCGAAAUACUCAGUGAUUCAGGAAAACAGUUCCGUAUUGUAUGGCGCAUGCGCGUAAUGUGCGCGCAUGCGCAUACUGAAAAAAGACCGAAACCUAGACGGGACAUAAAGCAAAAGGGCAAAAACAUCGCCUGAGAUACUAGUAAAUCAAAACCAAUCGGUGUAAAUUGCAUUGGAGGAUGUAGGUAUGGGAAUAAAACUAAAAAUAUAUACAUAGAUAGAUACAAUAUAAAAAUUACCAAUAUUAUAGGGAAACAUAAUAAUACUGGAAUUAGGAAAACAUAAUAAUUCUUCCACGGAUGGAACGCACGCCGCAAAACAAAUGGACGAAAUCAAACGAAGAUUUGCAGCAGUAUUUAAACCGGAGAAAAGGAGUAUAGAAACAUCCCUGAAGAAGUCCUAUACCCCUACAGGACGAAACGCGUUGGAUUCUUUCUAUAUGGACUUAUAUUCAGUAUUGUUAUUUUACUUUGCUUUUUAACUUUUUAUUUAUUUGCAUUCUGGCUGUUUACUCAUAACCACUCCUGUUAGAUCCUAUUUUGGACUGAUGACCACACUGUAUGGAGUUCCAGGUUAUUGGGAGAUACGUUCUUUGUGAUAUACACACAUGUAAGUGUGACCAAUAAAUGUGAUUUUGUAUUAUUAUAACAAACUUCACUAUCUUCGAUUUCCUUUAUUUGCAUAUUUCCUAUGAGGUGAUUUUCCAGUCCAUUCAUCGUACUACAUAUUACCCCUGAGAGGGUGAAAAGCCUUAUUUCACGUGCGUUUGUGAGUGUAUCUACAAUCACUUAUAUUUCUACAUUUAUUCCUUUUUUACUGUAUCACGCUAUGUCAGCAUUUUGAUUCUUACACAGAAUUCAUAAAUGGACCACAUCCUAUAUCAGGUUGUUUUACAAUCCAUAUAUUAACUCAUACAUAUUUUGGGUGUUUUCCACCUUUUUUUGCUAUUUUAUAUUGUCUCUUGGGUGUCUGUGAGGUACACCUGGGAAUUCUUCCAGUUAUACGUCUCUAUUUCACAUUUGUAGUGUAUAUACUGUUUUUUGCUCAAUAUGGCAACUAACAUUGAAGAAUAGGAGAGAACCCCAGAUGUUCAUCAGCUAGAGGUUGAGGACUUCCUGCUCUGUCUGUUUCCUAGGUUGAUUGCUUAAAUGGUGUUGAGGGGGUAAUGGCUGUUGAGGUGCUUCUAUGACAAUGUGAAUAAUGUAACGGACAGGUAGAAUAUGUACAAUAAUGCAAAUGGUGUACAGGUGAGUUAUCAGCUGAGGAACCAAGGUUUCUAAGGUUACCCUUGGAAGAAAACUAGGCAUCGCCAGAUGACCUAUAUUAGAAUAUAAUAAUAUAGAAAUAUAGUAGAAAUUCUAUCCAUGAAGAAGGAGGAGCAGAAAACAGCUAAGUUAAUUGUAUUUAUAUGAAACCUCUCAAUAGAAAAGUGUUACCCUUUCAACACAUUGUACAUUGUAUUCACAUUUGAUAAUAUCUAGUUUGGAUCAAAGAGAUUAUAGUAUGCAAAUCCCUACUUCCAUUAGCACUUAAAUAGAGUAACAGUACCCCUAGGGUAACUGUCAGAGACAGAAAACCCUAAGGCCCUGCUCUUUAUCUGCAAAUAGUUAGGUAGUUUGCAAGUCUACUUGAGCAGCUGGUGCUGUGGGUAGAAUGGGAGGUAUAUCUCAUAUGAGGCUGGUCAAAAGUAAAUGCACGUGAUUAAAGGGUGUUAAAUAAAAUAAAUAAACAUUUACAAAAAGAUAUGGCGCUAUCCGACUGAGAGUGUGUUGAACACUGCAUUAUACCCUUAAAAUAAGAUAGAAGAAGAGCACAAGUAGUUUAACAGGUUGGUACAUAUAUUGGGCAAUGUCUGUACAUAAACCACUUACUUGCCCUGAUUCUUACAUAUAGGGGUUUGAUAAUACCCCAUAUUUAAGACAUGUCUAGAUUCACUAAGGGCUUAUGCUGCAGUAAAAACCAUGUCAGAUUUGCCUGCCUAAUUUUAUUCAAAUGAAUGUACAGUAUGGCAGAUUGUGCACUACUGCAUUAUUACAAUGAUUGUCCAUAGCACCACCUACUCGAUAAACCAUACAUACUAUUUGCUUAUUCUGAUUAGAAUCCAGAAUUUUGAGGUUAUUAGCCUUCUGUAUGAAGGAUUUCCUAGUGGUGGAGAUUUUUCUACUAUCAAUGUUUCUCACCUAUACUCUGUAAAUUGGUGGUAGGAUACCAGAUUUUUUACCAGAUUAACUGAUAUAUUUUUUGGCGCUUGAAAGGCUAAUUCCAUUAUUCUCUGUUCUUUUCAAAACAAUGUAAAGUGUAUCUCAAUUUUAAGAAGAGAUUGGAGGAGAAAAUAAUUGUUGAUUUAUAUUUCUAUAAAAUAUUACAUUGCACGACUAAUGUUAUCAAUGCUGUAAAUAUGUUUAUGGGAAAAGUCAGGUUAUUUUUUAAGUACCAUAACACAUCCAGGAAAAUGUUGUGAAUAUACUAGGUUAAAAUUUUUACAAUGCAUGUGUAUAUCACAUUUGUCAGUUUAGCUGACACUAGCAUCACAAUGGUAAUUAUGACUUUGCUGGUUUAAUUAGUAAUAAGUAAAUGUCUAAUAAAAAUCAAUAAGCCUGGCUCAACAGCGAAGACAUAAACAAUGUUUUUCGCUUUAUGUAAGGAUUACAGUUGUGCGUUCCAAACUACAAGAGAUAACACAGCUUUCUUUAAUUAAAAUGCACAUCUCAAUUAAGGUACCACAUAAUAAGUGAAUUUUAAUUUUAAUUUACAUAUGCUAAUAACAUGCAUAUUUAUUCUUUAAGGUGUCUGAUAGUUCCUUCUAAUUGCAAUGAAUAGUCUUUAGCCAGCCUUUUUCUAGCACAACUGCUACUAUAUAGAAUAUGGAAUUUUUAAUCAGUGAAAUUAUUCCAACCCACAAGGGAGACAUGACCUGAUACUAUUGGAGAUUGGUCUACUUUUAUUGCCAUAAUUAUUCUAAUAUAUCUUUAUACAAAAUCACAAAAACACAACAGACAGUCAAUCAGAGUAUGUUGUGUUAGGUGUAUAUCUGUGACUCAUCUACCCAAGUUGAGUUCCUGAAUCCCACACUAUCACUCAGGCACAACUAAGAUAGGAUGGUGAGGGCAUGGGGUAUGUUGCACAGUACUAUGAAUGAAAGAAGACAAUUAUUUCAAAGAAAGAUGGUAGAAAAAGAAAUGUUCAAGGGAAAAUUGGAAACAGGCAGAUCCAGAAACAAAGAUUAAGGCUCAAAGAGGAAGCAAAAAUAAACGAGAUAUAGAAAUAAGGAAGAGGUAUCAUUUUUGGGAAUAUUCAGUAAACCAGUAACUGGAGAGACUUGAAAGAAAGUGAGAAUUUUAGGCCAAAGUAGCUGAACUGGAAAAAUUAUCAAACUCAUGGGUGUAGGAAGCAAUAGGAGCAGCGAAUAUGACCCAGAUAUAUUGUCAAACUGUACUAAAAUUGUUUGACUACUUACCCUAAAGACUGCUGAAGUGAUUUUGGUAUUGUGAGUGUUCCAAGUAAUCAUACCUGCAGUGUCAUUUUUAUUUAUAGUUAUAAGUGCUAAGGAAACAACUGGCUAGACUUAGGCAGCAAACACUGGGUAUAGGGGAUACCCUCAAGAAAACAGGUUGCUCCAAAAGGUGUAAAACAAUAAAAUAAUGUAAUAUUUGGUUUUAAUUCACUUUGUUGUGAUAGACCAUUUAUUACACUUUUUAUGCAAUUUUAAAUUUUAUUUGUUCCUGGCACACCUCACUUCAGAUCUGGACAACUAUUUACAAACAUAUCCCUGGGGAUUAUACCACCCAUGCGCUUAUAUUUGAGUGUCUUAACGCUCUAUCAAAUGUGAGUAUAAUAAAUUUUUGUACUGCAUCACAUAUUUAUGUUUACAGUGAGCACUAUUGGAUAUUUUCUUUUUCUUUCAUAUACCUACCUGCAUAUCAAGAUAUUCGCCUCAUAAGUUAUAUCCACCAGUGGGGAUUGUACCGCUGCAAGCAAUCUUACUGAGAGCUAGUUUAAGCUCCAUAACAUAUGAGUGCUACCUCAUAUACCACUGUUGUGAGUCCUAUUUUCCUGCUAAAACAGUCUGCACUAUUAUUUGUCACUUUGUGUCUCCCUACAUAUAUUUGCAAGCACCUUAACCAAGAACCAACAUUCCCCAAGAAUCCAGAAACAGCUGGGAUUGACAUAUUUGGACUGUGAAGAUUUGGACGUUUUUAAAAUAUAUUUUGUAUAAUAUUUUUGGCGCAACCUGUUUUCUUGUAUUUCAUGCUGUCAUUUUUAUUUAUGCUCUUUUGAAAGAGCAUGCAGUUUCAUGCAUACAUUGUACUAGUAGUUUAGCUAGUGAAUGUAUAGAUAGUUUUUUCUCCCAACUCUCGGUCAAUGUCUGCAGAUAUUGAAUGCCGAGGCACUGAAUGACAAAGGAGAGCAUAAAAUACCUCCCACAGGUGGUCUUUUUGUUCUCCUAAGCAAAACAAAACCCCAGUGCACAACUAGGGAGUAUAAUAACAGAGUGACGUGACGCCACUCUAUUCCGAUGCCAGCGCCCUGACAAUGAAGCCAAUGUUCCAGUGUCAUGGAUUAUGUUUGCCCUGCUUGGGGAUGGGUCCAAACAGGGGAAAUCAAAGAGGACAGCAGGUGGACCAGAGGUUUAGUGGAGGACAGCUCGGAGGUGGGUGUUACACAAAGAGCACUCAAACGAAGGAGAGGUAAGUAAAUCUCUAUAAUUUAAACUAAAUACAUUAUGUAUCUUUGUGAUAUAUGGUGUAUUCAAUGUAUAUGGGAGCAUUUAAGGUAAGUCCAAUGUUUCACUACAGGUUCACUAAAAAGGACCAGUAACCUAAAGCUUGCUUAAGAACUUUAGAGUGCGCUUUAAAUCACUGCAUACUUACUUAAAACAAGUGAUGAUUUCAAGAGAAAAUCCUGUUAGCAACAGCUCUGGGCUGUCAAGCAGACAGCCAGAGGGUUUCCUGACUCAUUCACUUGGAACUAUAACUAUCAAAGCAGAAGUUAAUGGUUUUUAUACAGAAGCACUAUUUCAAUGCCUCUAUAUCAAGGUUGUUCACUAAAAAGAGAAUUUAAAAGGAAGUUCAGCUACUGUGACCUCAAAUUUAAAAUUCACGUUGAAUUCACUUUGCAUCCUCACAUUAGUAAAUAACCCUGCAUGAGAAACAUAGUUGGUGUGUCCCUGUGCUUCCCUAUGAGAAGCAUCUGAUUGGAGACAAGCCACCAGUAUUGAAUUCACAGGAGGCAGAUCAGAGCUGCAGGGAAGAGUCUCUCCCUGGAAGCCCCUCGUUGUAAGACGUCAACCCUGCUGCUCCCCGACUUCACAACCAACAACAGGCAGUCAGAUAUUGCUAGCGGGGGCUAUUAUUUACUAUCUUAAUGUACUAGUCCUGUAUGCGGUGGUAGUUGAGGCAGGGAGCUGCACCCAGUGGACUCCAGGUAAGAAUAUAAUGGUGGUGCACCAGGGAACUACUGGCAACAUAACCACAAUAGUGAACCUACACAGUCAAUCCCUGGUUUGAAUAGUUUUUUUCCAUUAAGAAAAUAUUUUACACCUGUAAAAUAUUUAACAGAUUAUAUACAGCAGAUAAGUAUGAAGACAGCAAGAAUAUAUAGUCUCCCAAAUACAACAAAACUGAUCAUUUUUCAAACAAAAAUGUUUUACACAAAUACCAUGCAGUAUUCUGGGUAAUAGCUGGCUCCAUGAAUUUUACUCAAUAUGAAAUUUAAAUGGACCUCUCUAAAGCAUUGCUUUUAAAAUAAUUUACCUGUAGAGAAGGUGUUUAUCUGUUCGAAACAUGUUGGAUUCCAUGAACCAUCUGCCUUAACGGCUUCCUCCUGUUCCACUUUUCUUGGCUCACAGUUUCUAACAUAAACUCAUGGUCUGUUAAACAUUUUGUAUUAUUCUAAAGACCAUUUUUCUUUGCAGCUUACAAAAUAAUAACACCAAAGCCAGGAAAAGAAAAACUUCACUGAAUUGCAGAUUUAGUUUUUGGCACUUGUGGCCUACAUUUUGGACGUCUUGAUAAUUUCUAUUUUACUGAAUAUUUGCAGGUACAUUUCAUAUACUUCACAAUUAGUGUCCCAGUGGCUUUCAUCCCAAAAUCUUGUGUUGUUUGAGUAAAUAAAUGUAGAGCGGUGUCUUAAGAAAAUAGAGGAACAAGGUAGGCACUGAAACCACCUUCACAAGUUAGGCUGUGUGUCUGCCAAGCAAGAAACAUGAUAAUGGAACACCUAAGCGCCAUAAGCACAAUAGCAUGCUGUAGUAGUUAUGGUGUCAUGAUUUUUCUGGAGCCCUCCUAAGAUUAGUAAGCAAACUGUUUGCAAAUUGUUUGACAACCAAUCUGGGGUCCAGGUAAGUUGCUUGGUGUCCUGGUUGCCAGUCACCUCCUCCAGCUGAAACCGUUUAGAUCAGAGGUCCAGGGCUUAACUCAUAGGCUGAAAGCGCUUUGCUGACUCUCUCCGUCAUUAUUCCAGUUCUACACUACAGGGUUUAAUUCAGAGAAGCCAACAGAAUUUGAAUGAGUGUUGUGGCACCCAGAGACACCAGGUAAGUUGUCAAACUGUUUGUAAAUGGUUUGACUACUUACCCUAAGAGAGUGCCAGUGCGUUGUAGUGUUUAUGGUCGUUUAACCAUUUCACUGCCAUUGGUGAUGAUUAUUCCUUUUUGACUAUUCAGAUAUAGUAACUUUUUUGUGUGUGCGCUGUUUCUUAAUCUGCACAUUGUAUAUAUUUUUGUCUCUACAGCGGCACCACUACUUAGAAAUGCAUGUUCCGGAUGUGCCCUGUUUAUUUUUCACUUACUUGUUCUUCCCUUAUAAAGAUAUCUUGGAAAUUAAAAUCUACAGUGUCCUUUAACUUACAAAUUUUUCACAUACAGUAGAUGUGACAAAAAUAGAUAAAUAAAAAUGGCUAAAUACCUUGCUUAUAGUUAUUCGCAAGAAUUAAAGGACUAGUUUGGGCACCAUAACAACAUCAUGCAAAUGCUCUUGCAGCAUUAGGCAGCGGUGCUGGUGAUUGACUGAGAGCAAAAAGAAUAUGUAAAGGUAUGUGAAAGGGGAGCCAGGACCAUAGACUUUCUGGCACCAUAACAACUUUAUUGUUAUGGUGCCUGAAAGCGGUGCUGGUGACUGACUGAGAGCAAAAAGAAUGUGAAAAGGAAUGUGAAAGGGGAGCCAAGACCAGGGACUUUCUGGCACCAUAGCAACUUAAUUUAGAUGAACUUGUUAUGGUGCCCAAAGGAGCACAGUUUAACACCAAAGUCUUCAGUCAGUCGCCUAUCAGCUCUGUCCCUCCACUUCCAUCUGAGUCUGAUGCUUCAAUUAGGAAGCCUCAGAAUAACCGCUGCUGAUAAUCUGAUCACUAGCUCACAUUCAGAAAACAGAGUCUAAAAGUAUGCAUCUUUUUCACUCCAUUUUAUAAAUGAUCAGCCGAUGCUCUGAGACUAACGGUGGUGCCCAGUCCAAGGGUUACUGAUUGAUUGGAAGUGAAGUGCAGAGCUGGCAGGGGCUGGACUGAUUACUUUUUAAAGUUAAACUGUUAAUAAGCGGUUUUACCCCUAAAGGUAAGACAGACAGCGCCCAGAACCUCCUCAUACUAUAACAACUUUGUUCAGAUUAAGUUGUUUUGGUGAAUAAAGUGUUCCUUUAAUCUUAUUUCUAAAAAACAAAUAUUUACUCAUAAUUAAGAUUUUAGAAAUAUCUCUUCAUAGACUACACCAAACCUUCAUUUGUUUUCUGUGCUAUCAGUGUCAGGCUUGCUUGUCAUCAGUUACCUGGUGGUUGAUUUCCAAAUCAACUUUAAGACACUGAGACAUAAAAAGACACCAUAAGAAAGACAGUAAUGAUUCUUAAAGGGUUACUCCAAGCAUCAUGACCACUUCAGUAAUUUGGAUUUAAUUUGGUUAUGGUGCUUGGAGUCUGAAUGUUCAACAUUUCACUAUGAAAUGCUGCAAAUACAGAAAUCUUGCACUUUGCUGCCAGAGGUGUAACUUCAGCUCUAGCAGUUUCCUUAUGGCAUCAUUAGGUAGCCCAGAACAGGUUGAAUAAUAGGAUCUCAGUGCAUACCAAACAGCAUGUUAGUGACCGGUGACCAAUGGCAGCAUGUUACCCCUCUCUAUGCUGUCCAAAUUCUCCCCUUAUAACAUUUGUUCCUCCCCUUCCAGCUAUUAUUAUUAUUAUUAUUAUUAUUAUUAUUUUGGCAUUUAUAUAGCUCCAACAGAUUCCGUAGCGCUUUACAAUAUUAUGAGAGGGAAGAUUUAACUAUAAAUAGGACAAUUACAAGAAAACGUACAGGAAUGACAGGUUGAAGCGGACCCUGCUCAAACGAGCUUGCAGUCAAUAGAAGGUGGGGUAUAAAACACAUUAUAGGACACAUUAGGACAGGAAAUAGCAAUCAAAUAAAGUGGGAGUGAAGCAAAGCUGGAGGAGAGAAUAGAGUGCUGCCCUUUAGGAGAGAGCAAGAGAUAGGUAUGUGAGGUAGAGGUUACUCUGGGACAAGAGCAAACACACAAUCUAUUGGGCCCCGGUGCGAAACUGAUCCCUCUUCCACCCACUCCCUCCACUGACAGGCACACACACACAUAGAGACACACAAACAUGGACACAUACAGACAGACAGAUAUACACAGACAAGCACACACACAUGUUGUGUUUCUGUGUAUGUAUAGGGAUGCAUUGUGUGUGUGUGCGCGCGUAGUGUGAAAGAGCUCCGUGUCUUGGCCCCUGUCCUAUAGAGCUGCCCCUUCUUCUUAUUCCCCUCCCUCCCCUCUUCUUAUUCCCCCCCUCUUUUUAUUCCCCCCCUCCCCUCAUCUUAUUCCCCCCUCCCCUCUUCUUAUUCCCCCCUCCCCUUAUUCCCCCCUCUUUUUAUUCCCCCCUCCCUCUUCUUAUUCCCCCCUCCCUCUUCUUAUUCUUCCCCCUCCCCUCUUCUUAUUCCCUUCCCUCCCCUCUUCUUGUUCCUUCCCUCCCUCUUCUUAUUCCCUCCCUCCCCUCAUCUUAUUCCCCAAUCCCCUCUUCUUAUUCCCCUCCCUCCCUCAUCUUAUUCCCCCCUCUUUUAUUCCCUCCCUCCUCAUCUUAUUUCCCCUCCCCUCUUCUUAUUCCCUCCCUCCCUCAUCUUAUUCCCCCUCCCUCUUCUUAUUCCCCCUCCCUCUUCUUGUUCCCCUCCCUCACUCUUCUUAUUCCCCCCUUUUUCCCCCUCAUCUUAUUCCCCCCCCUCUUUUACCCCUCCUCUCAUCUUACCCCCUCCCUCUCUUCUUACCCCCUCCCCUGUAGCGUGGCCGAGCUGCACUCCGGUCCGCGGUGCCCGGCCGGACUGAUAGGAAAGCGCACACUCAGUGCACUUCCUGUCAGUCCGGCCGGUUACAGGAAACAGAAACUACGCGCGGAACAGGAGUUUCUGUUUCCUGUAACCGGCCUGACAGGAAGUGCACACUCAGUGUGCACCUUCUUAUCAGUCCGGCCGGCCACCGCGGACCGGAGUGCAGCUUGGCCACGCUACAGGGGAGAGGAGGGGAGGGGAGAAGCUGCAGCCGCCUGAGGCUCUUAACAGAGCGCUCAGGCGGCUGCAGUAUUUAAAGGGCCGGCCCGCCGCGGCCGGUCUUACAGGAAUUUAGGGCGGCCUGGGGGGCAAUUGCCUCCCUGCCCCCCGGCCCAGCCCGCCCCUGCCAGCGGCCGACAGCAGACCCAGGUGUCUGCCCGGCCCCAGGUGCCGACGGCCCACCGGGAAAUUUCCCGGUAUCCCGGUGGGCCAGUCCGGCCCUGGCCUCAAACACGCACAUAUAUUUGCACACUGAGCUUUAUUUAAUAAACUCUGAAAAGCAGCAAACUGAAUUCCUAAUGGAAAAAAUAUGCAAAAUGACUUGAUCUGGAAACAUUCUCCAACUCAGCUAGAUAUGGUUUGUCUCUUUUAUCCUUAACUCAAAUAUUCUAAUUGGAAUUUGUUACAAUUGGUGCUUAAUUGAAUGACAGGUGGUUGCAGUCAUUCAGACCCUCACAUUCACGCUUAGCUAAGAACUUAUCAUUUAUAUUUUGCUCAAUAACUUUAUUCUGGCUCCCAUUGUCAGGGAAGAAGAGAGGGAGGUUCUGUGCUAUGGCUAGUGCUCAGUCUCCUUGGUUCUCAGCACGUAAGACAGGCAGCAGAUAUGACAUCACAGUUUGGCACCAAGUAUGUAUUUUAAUGUUACUGUGCUGCAGAUGGAGAUACUACACACCCUGCUCUGCAGUCUCUAGCGAUGGGCAGAGCUUGGCAACCAUCCAGAGAUGUAAGCACGAGAGACCUUCCGUCACAGCUCUCUCACCUACCAGACCCCCAUUGGCAUAAGGAUCUUUGUGGCCAUUGAGUUAAGGAUUCCAAAGUUAGGGAAAUAAUACGGAAACAGCCAGUACUGUGGAAUUUACAAUUUGGAAUAAAAUAUGGAAAAUCACCUCUUACCUGUGGUAACCUUCUUUUCAUGAAAUGCACUGUUUUCUUUAAAAUAUAUAUUAAACAUUUAUCAUAUGCCACCAUAAUCCAGUCCAGACAAGGCAAAGCCAGGGCAAACUUUAGAAAUGAAGAGAAUAGGAACAAUGUUUAAUUCUCCCCCUUCUGCAUACUUUCUCUAUGCUGGCUGCCAGGUACAAAGGACAAAGUGUUUAACUAUGAUUGACUAGGAGCUCAUAUAGAGGCACCCAAUUCAAGGAUAGAAAUGUUUGGAUUUCUACAUUUAAAGGGUUACUCCAACCACCAUGACCACUUCUGCUUUUAGAAGUGGUCAUGGUGCUAGGAAUCUUUAUGUGCAGCAUUUCUGCAUGAAACACUGUACAUACAUCUGUCGUCAGUUCACACACACACUCACUGACAGACACACACACACAGACAGACACUCACAGACAGACAAACACAGACAGACACAAUCAUUCACUGACAUACACACAGACAGACACACAGACACUCACUGACACACACACAGACACACACACUCACUGACAGACACACACACACAGACACUGGAAGACACACACUGUAUUUGUACUUUUUGUAUUUGUACUAACUGACACACACAGACACUCACUGACAGACACACAGACACGCACACUCACUGACACACACACAGACACACACAGACACUGACAGACACACACUCACUGACAGACACACACACACUUACAGACACACACACACUCACUGACAGACACCCACACAGACAGACACACACACACACACAUACUGACAGACAGACAGACAGACACACACACAGACACACACUGACAGGCACACACACACACUGACAGACACACACACACACAUUCUUGCACACACAUCAUUUUCUUUAUUGCUCCCUAACUUUGGGAGCCAAUGUGGGGCCUCUCCCUGGGGUCCAGUGGGGAUCUGCUAUCUGCUCCUCACUGCUCCCCCGUGCACAGUUUAGUGAAGUCGUGUGCCGGAAUAUGACGUCAUAUCUGGUGCCUGGCUUCACUGUAGAUGGCGUGCGCGAAGGAGCAGUGAGGAGCAGGAAGGCUGAGCUCCCUCGCUGGCCCUCCACCCCGGCCAGGUAAGUUUUUGCAGAGUAGGCACCUGCAAUGUGGGGAAAGCAGGUGCCUACUCUGCUUCAACACCAAGCAUGUACUCUUGGCUCGCAAAGAUGUCCAUUGUGGCCCGCGAGCUUGACAUGCUUGGUCUAGAGUGUGCCAGGAAAUGUGCUGCCUUUAGCAUAUGGAAUCAGUAAUCAAAGCAAGGCGUCUAAGCGUUUAGUCCGUAAAGGACUUUGUUGUUUUUUAAAACACACCCUUCCUUAAAUAGGGAAUUUAUUGCACUGUUCAGAUGAAGACCUAUUGGUAGUAACAUUAUUAGGUGAUACAAGUGAGCAAUCAAAAUUUAGCAAAGUACAGUAUAAAAAAAAAGGUUGGCUAACUGACACUGGACGUCUUAACGCUCGUAGGGCUUCAAAGUAAACAAUAGAGCAAAUUUAUUAUAAGGAGACCUGCAUUUGCAUAUAACCAAUGUUUCAGUCCAACUACCUUGACAUAUUAAGAAAAAUUUGGUAAUAGGACUGAAAUGAUGACUGUAUGCUUUUGCACAACUGUAAAAAAACAAAUGACGUUAUGUAUAUAAUCAGAGUUACAAGUAUAUAUGCACAGUGCACCAAAUCUAUAUAUUUGUAUGUAUUAAGAAAAUAGAGUUCUAUAAAAUUUUCUAUAAGACUAUAUAUGACACAGGAAACAAUUUAUCGAAAAGAUUAUUUAGAGACCCUAAACUUUAUUAAAACCUAUGAAGCCAAGCACCAAUACAUUUGUGGACUCCUUUAUAUAAUAUUAUAAUCAUAGGAUAACUCUUAUGUCACUUUUUUGUAAAGUGUAGCAAAUGAUAAGGUUCUCAAUGUACAGUGUAUAAUUCUUAAUAGAGAUAUAUAAGCCGUCCUUAGUUUUACUUUUAUAAGGCAGGUGUAAUUUACAAUAUAUAGUCAACCAAACAAUAUAAAUCUUGCCUGAUAUAGCAAAGAAUCAUAUCUAAAGAUGUCAUUAUAUAUAUGUAUAUAUAUAUAUAUAUAUAUAUAUAUAUAUAUUUCUCUUAUGUUAUAGACACAAAUAUCCCAUCCAUAUCCAGAAUCCAUUAUUUCAUUUAAAUCUUCUGGGACUAGAAGGCCCAAUUUAUAAAUCCUUAUGGGGUCAGUCUAAAAGAAUUUCCUAAUUUGGGAUUGUUUGUCCGAUCCAAAAGGGAUCCACUGUAAUCCCAUUGAUCUAAGUCCUAUGACAUCGACCCAUGUUGUAGUCUAAUAUGAUAAACUAUGGUAGUACUAUAAUUCCCCUCUGAGUCUCUAUGAUACAUUAACCUCUACUUAAGGGGUCUUGAGGUCUACCCCACAUGCUGCAGCCCACAAAGGCAUAUAAGAAGAUAAACUACAAAAGAUAUAUUACAUGUAAUCAUGUGGGCUACAGUAUAUUGGUAGAGGAUGCCAUUAGAAACACAGCACCCAACCACACGGUUAAUGUGAUUACACAUUAUACAUCUAGAGGCCCCACAUUUGAAGGUACCCAGAUAUAAUCCAGUUUUUGAGUGAUCAGUUAUUGUGUCCCUAAGUCUAGUGGCAGUUAAAAUAUUUUUGAGAUUGGCAACCUUGAAAAGUGAUUUGCGGCAUAUCUGGUAAGCUGUGCCGUAACAAUGGGCCAAUAUCUGCAUCUCUAUAAUCUGUUGAUAUUCAGCUGGUCCUUUAGUGGUCUGUAUCAUAUCUUUACCUGAUAUUUUUAGUUGAGUAUUGUUUUUGUUAAUAAUUCCAGUUUUUAUUUUUUCUACCACUUCUCAGAAUUCUAGCAAACAUUGUGAGUAUAUCCUUUGGUGUUGGUGCCUCUAGGGUUUUAUAUUGAGAUUUUCUUUUUCAAUAGUCUUUUUAUCCUUAUCCUUUUGUUUACUAUCUCUUUCAUUAGUAAUUAGGGUAAACCUAUUUUUAUUUCUGGAUUUUAAAUAGGUCCUUUUUCUCAGAUGUUGAGGAUAAUCCUUUUCCAGGAACCUAUUAAUUAGAACCUUAGAGAUGUAUGUACAAUUUUGUCUAAGAAGAAGGAAUUGGCCAUAAUGUGUAUUAUUUAUCCAUUGGGGAUGGUGGACACUGCUGAAAUGUAAAUAACCAUUAAUGUCUACUGUCUUCUGAUAAGUGUUUGCAAUUACAUUAUCAUUUUCACCUCUCAAUAGGAGAUCCAGGAAUUCAAUUUUACCAUCUGUUCCUAUACCAUGGGUGAACAAGAGGCCAAAGUGAUUAGUGUUAAUCCAAAUUAAAGAAUCAUUGAUACUUUCAUAAUCCCCAUCAUAAACUAUUAAAAUGUCAUCAAUGAGGCGGCGAUAGAAUUGCCAGGUUGAACCUUCAUGGGUUGUUUUGCCAUAUAUAACAUUCCACAAAGUAACCCAUAAAUAAAUUGGCACAGAAGGGUAUAAAACUGGCCCCCAUUGCCACUCCUUGUGUUUGGAGAUAAAAUUGUUUAUCAAAACAAAGAUAAUUAUAAAGAAGGGCAAACUGAAUAAAAUCAAUGAAAGUGAUGUAGUGCAUCUCAUCUCAUAGAUACCCUCACAAGGAUAAUAUAAAAUAGGUCACUUAAAGAGAGAGUCGCUGCAAAAGAGGGCGUUUGGAUUGUAGAUUAGCUUGCAUACUUAACUUAAUAGGAGUUGCCAUCUUGGCAUGCCCUGCAUGAUAUUGCCCCUUAUUAAUAUCCACUUUAUGUAAAGUCAACAAGCCCUUAUAGGUCCAGGAGGAGGCAUGGGGAGAGUAGGGAUGAUUUCAUAAUGGUAGUGAUUUAAAAAAAAAAAAAAAAAAAAAAGCAGUUUUAAAAAAAUAAAUAAUGAAUGAAUUUAACAAAUGCACAUGGAGAUGGUUAUUUUUCCAAGAUAAAUAGUUAUAUCUCUAAAAUCUACAAAAGUAUUAACAUGACUGAAAAAUCAAAACACAAAUUAAAUUUAAGGGGCAAUUAGGGCAACAGGACAAUCAGGGCAACAAAUAACUUUAAUGCAUUUAAUAUGUUUUGGCCUUAUUAAUAUGCUGCGGUUUUUGCAUGUUCAAAUCUUUAUGAUUUUUGCAAAAAAUAAAUAAUUAUGUUUUGCAGAAUACUGCAUCAUAUCCUGUAUGCUUAGCCUUGCCCCAUCAUGCAAGAAAGACUUCCUUAACCAAUGAAUGCACACAGUCUUAGCUCCAACAUCACUGAGUGAGCUGUUUUUAAUUCCCAAUCUGGCUGCAGACAGUCAGAGAAACUGCAAACAGGUAGUGAUAUCCUUACUAUAUGUCUCCCUGGGUAUCCUCUCCAAAAAUACAGCAUAUUAAUGGGGCCAACAUUUCUCAAAUGCAUAUUGGAGCUCAGAGUGUCCCUUUAAUAAAAAUGAAAAUCUCAAAAGAGAUAUGCCCAGUCUAUUAAAUUAAUCUGUUUAAUGUUGAUUACAGAUUAAAACGGUGAUUACAGUAAUUAUUAUCUCUGUAUUACAAUGUUUCUGCAUGAUGGUGAGAGCAAACAUCUCAAUUUACUAUCUUGAAUGAUUUCCAUAAUUGUUCCUGUUCAUUAAAUUUUUCUUCCAGAUCAAAGGCUAACACGGGCCAAAUAAACAAGGUUUAAAAUUAUGUGGGCCGCAAAAAAAUAAAAACUUCAGUUUUCAUAGAAAAGUAGGUUUAUUUAGAAAAGUACAGUAUAAAAAAAAGUUGGCUAACUGACACUGGAUGUCUUAACGCUCGUAGGGCUUCAAAGUAAACGGGCUUCAAAGUAAACAAAAGAGCGAAUUAUUAUAAGGAGACCUGCAUUUGCAUAUAACCAAUGUUUCAGUCCGACUGCCUUGACAUAUUAAGAAAAGUUUGGUAAUAGGACUGAAAUGAUGAAUGUAUGCUUUUGCACAGCUGUGAAAAAAACAAAUGAUGUUAUCUUGUUGAUUUUGAAGUCCUAUGAGUGUGUUCUUUGCUUUGGCUGAGAUCAUCAAACUUAAUGAUCUCAGCCAAUCCAAUGCUUUCCCAUAGGAAAGCAUUGGAAGACUAUUGUGCACGUGUGGCAAAAAGAUGCACAACCAGUCAGCAUCUCCAUGGGGAGACUUCAGUGUCUCCAUGCAGACCCAAUCUAAUGCCCCCUCCCCCCAUUCUAAUACAUUUCCCCCAAAUCCAAUACACUGCCCCCCUUCCUCCACUCUAAUACACUGUCCUCAAAUCCAAUACACUGCCUCCUCCAUCCACUCUUAUACACUGCUCUCUCCACCCAACUUAACUCACUGCCCUCCCCUCAAUUUAACACACUGCCCACCUACCACCACUGUAAUACUCCGUCCCUCCCCCAAAUUAAUGCACUGCCCUCCCCCCAAUUUAACACAUUACCCCCCUCCCAUUAUUUUAAAACAAUGACUGCCUCUCCCACCACUCCAAUACACUGCCCACUACCUCUCCCAACUUAAUAAUCUUCUCCCCUCCCUCCCACUACAGUGGUUAUGAUGUCUGGACUACCCUUGUGCCCUCCCCUAGUAAGUAGUAAAAGCAUUUUGAAUGGUUUGAGAAUUUACCUGGGGUCCACCGGGCUCCGGUCACCUCUUGUUGUGCACAGCACCAGGGUUGCCAUCAAAUUUGGGGUUCUUACACAGCCCAAGGCCUAGGUCCUUGGUGGCCCACCUAGAUCUGCCCACAGGCUCACCUCCCAUACCACCACCAUCUCGGAGGCACUUCAAACUGCAAUAGGCAAUGUGCAAUGCAAUGUGGGUGUUUGUAGAGGAUGUAAGGUGUCUUUUUAGGGAAUGUAGUGUAUGUGUAUAAGGAAUUAAGUGUGUAUAGGGGAUUUAAUGUGUGCAUAGUGGAUACAAUGUAUGUAUGGUGGAUGCAGUGUGUGUAGUUAGAGCAGUGUGUGUUUAUAGUGGAUGCAGUGAGUGUAUAUAGUGGAUGUAGUAUGUUUGUGUAUAUUGGAUGCUGUGUGUGUGGUGGAUGAAAUGUGGGUUUGUAUAGUGAAUGCAUUGUAUGUGUUUAAGGGAUAAUGUGUGUAUGUGUGUAGUGGAUUCAAAUAUAUCUUUUUUUUUUUUUUUUGCUUUAUGCAAUAUUGUUCCCUCUUCCUUGACACUUACCUCUGGCUAGAGAAGGGGGACACUACAUUCCAUGUUGGUCCAGUGGUACUAAAAGGCUGUCUGCUCCUGCCAUAUUCCCAGACUCUUCUUGCAUGCUCCAUCAGAAAGUAGCAUUAGAACAUUGCCGUGGUAACCUGGAACAACACUGACAGCCGGGGUUCAUGAGAGAGAGUAAGAACCUGGUUGAGGAGCAGGCAGACAGCCUUUAUAUAUAUAUAUAUAUAUAUAUAUAUAUAUAUAUAUAUAUAUAUUUGCAAUAUACCCCCCAUUUUGCCUGUACCCUCUGAUGGCAGCACUGCUUAAUACAUUGGCAGAGAGCAAUCAACUGAUGCUCUCAUCCAAUCAGCCAGCCCUACAACAUGGCAUAGCUUACCUCAGUGAAACUAAGAGAAGCUCCUUGCAUGGGUCUGAUAAUAAAGUGUUUUUUAUGCAGAAACAUGUUCUAGAAUAAGAUAUUCUUUGAUGCAUUUAAAAUAAUAUUUUCUACUUCUAGUAAAGCCUGCACUGUUGUGGAUAAGAUGUUCAACUGAUAUAUUGUCAGUAUUGUCAAUAUAACUGAUUUAUAUUGUUUACAGAGUCCACAACAUCUAACUAUUUUUUUAAAACAUUUUUAUUGAGUGUUUUCAAAAAAGAAUACAAAAGAGCAAACAUAUGAGUACAGGAAUCAUAGACAAUUCAUUUAAGUGACCAGAUGUAAUGCAGGGAAUUCCUAAAUCGGAGGGAUUCCAGAUGAUCUUGUGUAAUACAUUAUAGUACAGAGAACUGUACUUUAUCCAUCAUAUAUCUGUAUUAAUUAUACCAGGUUUUCACAUUUAUUUAUUGGAACAAUUCUAAUGUUUUGUUAACAAUUUCUGUGUAUAUACAAUUUAAGAUCCUGAGUAUUUCUUUUUUUCUGUUCCAAAUAGGGGCUGGAGAUCUCAGCGGUGAGCCAAUAGGAUACAUAACCGGAGUACUGGCCGUUUUAGUACACUCUGCCUAUCUGGUAAUUAUUCAAAAGACAAGUAUCGAUAGUGAACACGGACCCCUUACUGCACAGUAUAUCAUAGCUGUUACCGCAACCCCCGUACUUAUCAUCUGCUCUUUUGCCAGUAUGGAUCUCAUCAAUGCCUGGUCUUUCCCAGGCUGGAAGGACCCUUCCAUGGUGUGCACUUUUAUUGCAUGUACCCUUAUUGGCUGUGCCAUGAACUUUACCACGCUUCACUGCACCUAUCUAAACUCUGCAGUCACUACUAGCUUCGUUGGUGUGGUGAAGAGCAUUGCCACUAUCACAGUUGGCAUGUUGGCUUUUAGUGAUGUGGAGCCUACUUCCCUAUUCAUUGCUGGAGUAGUUGUGAAUACAUUUGGUUCUGUAGUCUACUGUGUAGCCAAGUACUUAGAGACCAGAAGACAAAUCAAUUAUGAAGAUCUGGAAAAGGAGGCUAUCAAGGAGGACAAGAUAGAGCAGAAUGGAGAACAACCACCAUUUGUAAUGGAAGAGAUUUUACAAGAUAACAGUGUUGAAGGGCAAGCAGACGAAAAGUCAUCUACAAAUACUAUGAAGACUGACCAAAUAAUAGAAGAUAAGCAGACUGGGAGUACAUUAGGAGCAUACCUGCAGUCAAGCGGCCAAGUAGGGCCUGAGCCUAAUGGUGAUAAUAGGAGUAGUUUAAGGGAAGCAUAUCUUGGUAUAUGGAGAAUGGUGAGAGGUGUUAGGUUUUUAAAGAAAGAUUAUCUCAUAGAAAAUGAGGAACUGCCAAGUCCAUAA